AGCGCUCGACCAGAUGCGCAUACACAGCGGUACGAUCGUCAGCUUCGACUCUGGGCAUCAAGCGGUCAACGUUCGCUCGAAUCCUCCAACAUCCUUUGCGUUGGUAGCUCUUCACUAGCUUGUGCCAUCUUGAAGAACCUCAUCUUGCCCGGCAUUGGUACCUUUACGAUUGUGGACGAUGCCAGGGUAACCCAGGCAGAUCUGGGCGUCAGCUUCUUUCUGGAAGAGGAGUGCAUAGGGAGGAGUAGAGCGGCUGAGCACACACGAUUCUUAUUAGAGCUCAAUCCGCAAGUCAAAGGCCAUGCUGUGCAGUUGCCUCCUUCACAACUUCUCUCCUCCUCCUCAUCCCUCGUUACUUCUGCUACGCUAGUGCUCCUCAUCAACCAGCCCGGCUUUGUGUCGGACGCCAUUGCAGAUGCUGUGUGGCAGCGUGGAGUAGCAGCUGUGCCUGUUCUAGCCGUCAGAGAAUCUGGCUUCGUUGGUGAAGUGAGGGCGCAGAUCAGAGAGGCAGGCGUCAUAGAGACGCACCCGACCUCCACAGACGACUUGAGACUGGCCCUCCCUUGGCCUGAGCUCGCCGCAUUUGCUACCAACUACGCAAUCGAUCCGUCCGACAGCCAUUCCUAUGCGCAUAUACCCUACAUCGUCCUCUUGCUACGAGCCAUUGAGUCUUGGAAAGAGAAGGUCAGUAAUGGACCGCCCCCAAAGUCUUCGGACCGGAAAGCGUUCGCAGCACAUAUUGAUGCAAGCAGAGUGGCUGAAGCUGAAGGCGAAAAUUUCGACGAGGCGCAUGCGGCACUUGGAACCCAUGUCUGGAGAGCAUUCACUGCACCUCCUGUUCCUGAUGACGUGCGGAAGCUGUUCGAGGACCCAGCUUGCCACAGCGUUGGACCGCAAUCCUCCAAUUUUUGGUUGCUUCUGCAUGCGCUCCGAUCCUUUGUCCAAGCCGAAGCUUCAUCUCCAAUCCCAGGCGGUGCUGGCCUUCUGCCGCUGCCAGGAAGUCUUCCAGACCUUAAAGCACUCUCGACGACCUACGUCGAGCUCUCAAAUCUAUACCGCCGCAAAGCGAAGGCAGACCUGGAGCUGCUCAAGCUGCAUUUGGCACAGACCUUACGUACGGCUGGAGUGCCAUCAGAUGCGAUUUCGAGCGAGGAGGUAGAGAGAUUUGCUAAGCUUGCUGGACACGUGAGACUGGUCAGAGGUCGCAAGCUGAGCGAGCAGCGAAGUGCGCCUAACAAGGAAUCGGUCUUGAUGGCACUUCAAGACCCGGUCAAUCCAGUAGUCGUGCCUCAUGCUCUCGCAUUUCUAGCUUCAGAUCGCUUCUACGCAUCACACGGUCGUCUACCCGGGGCCUCCAGGGCCUACACUAGCUUGGUCCAUGGAGAUGCUCCGUCCAACUACUUUCCCCAAAUUCACAACGAGUCCUCUUCGAACGGUCUGGGCUCGUCUCAAGAGAGAGCAAACAAGAGGCAGAAGAGCGACGAGCCAGAAGAUGAGGACGAAGAGCUAGUUGCGAACGAUGUGGCCGUCUUGAAGGGCAUCGCCAAAGAGUUGGCGCAAAGUCUGGGGGUUGAUGACGAUGAAUUAUUAGAGAAGGUCGAGCAGGCAGCCCAUGAAAUCGUGCGCUCUGCUCACAGCGGCUUACCUUCGACGUCGGCUUUGCUGGGCGGUGUGGCAGCACAAGAGGCGAUCAAACUGAUCACGCGUCAGUACCUGCCGAUCGACAACACUUCCAUCUAUGACGGCAUACAACAAGCCAUUGGUACCUUCAACUUGUAG